CUUUUCUCUCUAAUUCAUUUCAGCUACUCUACGUUUCUCUUUGGGAUAUUCAUUUUCCGUCUUCUUUCUCUUCUUCCGUAUAUCAACGUAAUAUUCUAAGGCUAGUCCUUCUCAGCGCGAGUCGCUUAUUACAUACGCUCUCUUAAACGACAUUCUUUAUAUUUAGACGAAGUCAAAAACAUUCAUCAAAACAGCCAAGAUGCAUUUCUCUACCUCUACUACCGCCGCUCUUCUCACCCUGUUGGGUUCCGCUGCUGCGCAGAAGGUCCACGUCGUUUCGGUUGGCUCUCCCAAUGGCACUCUUAUUUUCAGCCCGGAAAACCUCAAGGCGGAUGUUGGCGAUAUGAUUCAGUUCCAGUUCCGAGGUGGCAACCACAGUGUAGUGCAGUCCAACUUCGACAACCCCUGCACACCCAUCUCCGACCACACCAACCAGACCGGCAUUUUCUCCGGCUACCAACCCGUGGCUGCCAGCAAGGCCGUGGGCAUGAUCCCCACAUACACUGUCAAGGUCUCAGCCAAGACACCCCUGUGGUUCUACUGCUCUCAGGGCAAGCACUGCCAAAACGGAAUGGUUAUGGUAGUUAACGAGAACACUUCGGCAAAUGCCACACGAAGCCUGUCAAACUUCAAGGAGAUUGCUAAGGGAGCUGCCGCCAAUGUUGCCCCCUCAACACCUACUGGUGGUUCCUUGGGCAAUGGUACCUCUUCUGGCGGUUCGGACUCUGGUUCAGGUUCCGGCUCAGGAUCUGGCUCCGGAUCCGGUUCUGGCUCUGGUUCAGGCUCUGGAACUGGUGCGGAUGCCACAGCCACACAAUCCUCGGCUCCUGUGGCAUCGGCUACCUCCAGCACCUCUGCGAUCCCGACCGCUGCCGCAAACAUCGUUGGUGCCUCCAGCUCAAUGGGUCUCCUUGGUCUGGUCGCUGCCCUAUUUAUGCUAUGAUCUGUCCUAUAAUAGGAUAUAAAUAAGAUUUGCUCGUCCAUAGUCUUAUAG